CUCUCUCCCUUUAUUUCCAUUUUCCAUAAUUUCUUGUUCGUUGAUUCAAUGAUUUUUCCACAUUUUGGCUUUUCGGUAUGCUCCUUCUCAUACUUUUAUUGGUGUUCCUGUUCUUGUUGUUGUUCUUAAUCCUGUUCCUGUAUUAUUGAAUCCCUUUUGCUUGAAAUCUUCUCUCUGAUCCUUUAUGUUAUCUUAUAUAUUUGAUCGCGAACCCCCUUUUGAUUAUUGAUCUUUUUCUUUAGGUUUCUAGGUCACCAUUGAAAUCAUUAUAGUCUAGGUGUUUGAUUUAAUGCUUGGGGCUUGAUGGUUGUGUAGGAGAAGAGGCGUCUUGAGCUCAAUCUUCUUGAUCAAUGGCUGAACUAUUGGGGCCACGUUUGUAUAGCUGCUGUAAUUGUAGAAACCAUGUUGCCCUCCAUGAUGAUAUAAUUUCUAAAGCUUUUCAGGGAAGACAUGGGCGUGCUUUUCUGUUCUCUCAUGCUAUGAACAUCACAGUGGGACCAAAAGAAGACCGGCAUCUCAUGACGGGUCUCCACACUGUUGCUGAUGUGCAUUGUGUUGACUGCCGUGAGGUGCUGGGGUGGAAGUAUGAGAGGGCCUAUGAGGCAUCACAGAAGUAUAAAGAAGGAAAGUUCAUUCUUGAAAAAUCAAAAAUCGUUCGGGACAACUGGUAGCGUCCUGUGGAUCUUGUUGAAUGCAUUGAUUCUUAUUUUGAUGUAAGUUUAUUGAUUCUUCGUGAUGUUAUCUUGUAUAUAAAGUCAUCAUCGUUCUUGUUCUUGUUCUUGUUCUUGUUUCCUGUUUCCUGUUUCCUGUUGCUCUUGUAUAUAGUAUAUAUCUGUGUAAGCUCUGAACAUGACUGGAUAUCAUUGUAUCUUCAAUGCUCACCAUCUGUGUUAAUGAAAUUGUGGUGCUUAAAGUAA